AUGUCUGACGUCGCUGAGACCAAGCCCGACCCCACCACCAACGCUCCUGAGGGGGCUACGGAGACCACCACCGCCACCGAAACAUCAAAGACGGAGGAAGUCAAGGCUGUCGCCGAAUCUGCCGCCGAGACUGUGAAGGAUGCUGCUACCAAAACCACCGAUAACGUUUUCUCGAUGUUCGGCGGCGGCCCCAAGAAGGAGAAGAAGGAGGAGGCCGCGGAGGCUGAUGAGCCCUCCGGUUCUGCUAAGGCACAGAAAGCUGAGGACGAGGACGAGGCCCCCGAGUCCCCAGAGAUUCACUUCGAGCCUGUCAUCCAUCUGACGGAGAAGGUUGAGACCAAGACCAACGAAGAGCUCGAGGAACAGGUUUUCAAAAUGCGCGCCAAGCUCUUCAGAUUCGACCGUGACAGCAAAGAGUGGAAGGAGCGUGGCACUGGUGAAGUGAGGCUGCUGAAGCACAAAGAGAACCAGAAGACUCGUCUCGUGAUGCGCAGAGACAAGACCCUCAAGGUCUGCGCCAACCAUUACAUUGUCCCCGAUAUGAAGUUGAGUCCCAACAUUGGUAGCGACCGCAGCUGGGUUUGGAACGCUGCUGCAGAUGUUAGCGAGGGUGAGCCUGAGGCGCAGACUCUGGCCAUUCGUUUCGCCAACAGCGAGAACGCCAACCUGUUCAAGGAUGCCUUUGAGAAGGCUCGGGAGGAGAACGAGAAGCUCCUCAAGCAGAACAUCAGGCUCGUGACGGAGCAACACGUCAUAAAUAAAGAUUCCGGCGUCGAAGGAUUUCCUCUCCGGUCGUGGUCGAUUGAGGUUUACCUCGUCAAUGAGCAUGGGGAACAAGUGGCCGCCAAUGUGUUCGACAAGGUGACUUACACUUUGCACCCCAGUUUUGGAGAUAGAGCAGUGCAAGUUUUCAAGAACCCUCCAUUUAGGAUCCAGGAAGAGGGAUGGGGUGAAUUCGACAUGCAGAUCGGCCUCACUGCUGCGGACAAGGAGCAUUCGGUUUCGCAUGAUCUCAACUUCUCACAGGCGCGAUAUGAGUCCAAGCAUGUUAUCACAUUCAAAAACCCCAAGCCUGCCCUACUGGCUGCUUUGCGCGACUCUGGCCCUGUUCCUGGGGAUGAGAAUGGCGUGAAGAUGAAGCGCUCCGCUGGAGCCGAAGAAGGAUCUAAGAAGAAGAAGCGCACAGAAAAGAAUGUCGAUAUGGACAAGCUAGCAGAUGGCCUCCAGCGACUCGGAGAAGAUGACCUCCUCCAAGUGGUGCAGAUGGUCCAUGAUAAUAAGGCUCCUGAUUCCUAUACGAAGAAUGAUGUUGAGCAGGGAGAAUUCCACGUCGAUCUUUAUACCCUACCCGACUCUUUAAUCAAAAUGCUCUGGGACUUCACACAGGAGAAAGGUGCCUUAUAA